AUGCGACCGUUCAAAUCAUUUGUACAUAACAUCAUGAAAGAUAGUUGCUUGUUUUCAUUCGCUGAACGAAUAAAUGCUUCUAAGUUUAUUUUCAGAUGUUGGAUUCUUGUUCUUCCGACGGUCCGCUUAUUUCUGUUCCCUCGGCAUCCCGGUUCUUUGUAUUCCCUCGGCAGCCCGGUUCUUUCGGUUCCCUCGCCUGCCCGGUUCCUUCUGUUCCCUCGUCAUCCCGGUUCCUUCUGUUCCCCCGUCAUCCCGAUUCCUUCUGUUCCCUCGGCAGCCCGGUUCUUUCUGUUCCCUCGGCAUCCCGGUUCUUUCUGUUCCCUCGGCAGCCCGAUUCCUUCUGUUCCCUCGACUGCCCGAUUCCUUCUGUUCCCUCGACUGCCCGAUUCCUUCUGUUCCCUCGGCAGCCCGGUUCUUUCGAUUCCCUCGGCUGCCCGAUUCUUUCUGUUCCCUCGGCAGCCCGAUUCUUUCGAUUCCCUCGGCUGCCCGAUUCUUUCUGUUCCCUCGGCAUCCCGGUUCUUUCGAUUCCCUCGGCUGCCCGAUUCUUUCUGUUCCCUCGACUGCCCGAUUCUUUCUGUUCCCUCGGCAGCCCGAUUCCUUCUGUUCCCUCGGCAUCCCGGUUCUUUCGAUUCCCUCGGCUGCCCGAUUCUUUCUGUUCCCUCGACUGCCCGAUUCUUUCUGUUCCCUCGACUGCCCGAUUCUUUCUGUUCCCUCGGCAUCCCGGUUCUUUCUGUUCCCUCGGCAUCCCGGUUCUUUCUGUUCCCUCGGCAUCCCGGUUCUUUCUGUUCCCUCGGCAUCCCGGUUCUUUCGAUUCCCUCGGCUGCCCGAUUCCUUCUGUUCCCUCGGCAGCCCGAUUCCUUCUGUUCCCUCGGCAGCCCGAUUCCUUCUGUUCCCUCGACUGCCCGAUUCCUUCUGUUCCCUCGGCAGCCCGAUUCUUUCUGUUCCCUCGGCAUCCCGGUUCUUUCUGUUCCCUCGACUGCCCGAUUCCUUCUGUUCCCUCGACUGCCCGAUUCCUUCUGUUCCCUCGACUGCCCGAUUCUUUCUGUUCCCUCGACUGCCCGAUUCUUUCUGUUCCCUCGGCAUCCCGGUUCUUUCUGUUCCCUCGGCAUCCCGGUUCUUUCUGUUCCCUCGGCAGCCCGAUUCCUUCUGUUCCCUCGGCAGCCCGAUUCCUUCUGUUCCCCUCGAUUCUUUCUGCCCGAUUCUUUCUGUUCCCUCGACUGCCCGGAUUCUUUCUGUUCCCUCGGCAUGCCCGAUUCUUUCUGUUCCCCUCGACUGCCCGAUUCUUUCUGUUCCCUCGACUGCCCGAUUCUUUCUGUUCCUCGGCAUCCCGGUUCUUUCUGUUCCCCUCGGCAUCCCGGUUCUUUCUGUUCCCUCGGCAUCCCGGUUCUUUCUGUUCCCUCGGCAUCCCGGUUCUUUCUGAUUCCCUCGGCAGCCCGAUUCCUUCUGUUUCCCUCGGCUUCUGCCCGAUUCCUUCUGUUCCCUCGACAUCCGAUUCUUUCUGUUCCUCGGCAUGCCCGAUUCUUUCUGUUCCCUCGACAUCCCGAUUCUUUCUGUUCCCUCGACAUCCCGGUUCUUUCUGUUCCCUCGACAUCCCGGUUCUUUCUGUUCCCUCGGCAUCCCGGUUCUUUCUGUUCCCUCGGCAUCCCGGUUCUUUCUGUUCCCUCGGCAUCCCGAUUCUUUCUGUUCCCUCGGCUGCCCGAUUCCUUCUGUUCCCUCGGCAGCCCGAUUCCUUCUGUUCCUCGGCAUCCCGGUUCUUUCUUUCUGUUCCCUCGGCAUCCCGGUUCUUUCUGUUCCUCGGCAUCCCGGUUCUUUCUGUUCCCUCGGCAUCCUCGGUUCUUUGAUUCCCGCCCGGUUCUUUCUGCAGCCCGAUUCUUCUGUUCCCCGCCCGUUCUUUCUGUUCCUCGGCAUUCUUUCUGUUCCUCGGUUCUUUCUGUUCCCUCGGCAUCCCGGUUCUUUCGAUUCCCUCGGCUGUGGUUUCUUUCUGAUUCCUCGGUUCCGUUCCCUCGGCAGCCCGGUUUCUGUUCCCUCGGCUCGGCAGCCCGAUUCCUUCUGUUCCCUCGCUGCCCGAUUCCCGAUUCCUUCUGUUCCCUCGACUGCCCGAUUCUUUCUGUUCCCUCGACUGCCCGAUUCUUUCUGAUUCCUUCCCUCGGCAUUCUUUUUUUUUCUUUUCCCGGUUCUUUCUGUUCCCUCGGCAUCCCGGUUCUUUCUGUUUCCCUCGGCAUCCCGGUUCUUUCGAUUCCCUCGGCUGCCCGAUUCCUUCUGUUCCCUCGGCAGCCCGAUUCCUUCUGUUCCCUCGACUGCCCGAUUCUUUCUGUUCCCUCGGCUGCCCGAUUCUUUCUGUUCCCUCGGCGGCCCGGUUCUUUGUUAUUCGGCAUCCCGGUUCUUUCCCUCGGCAUCCCGGUUCCUUCUGUUCCUCGGCAUCGGUUCCGAUUCCCUCUUGCCCGAUUCCUUCUGUUCCCUCGGCAGCCCGAUUCCUUCUGUUUCGGCAGCCGGUUCCCUCUGCCCGAUUCUUUGUUCCUCCUGGAUUCUUUCUGUUUCAUCCCGUUCCUUCUGUUUCCUCCCGGUUCUUUCUGUUCAGCAUCCCGGUUCCUUCUGUUCCCUCGGCAGCCCGGUUCCUUCUGUUUCCCUGUUCGGCAGCAGCCCGAUUCUUUCUGUUCCUCGGCAGCCCGAUUCUUUCUUGUUCCCCGAUUCUUUCUGCCCGAUUCCUUCUGUUCCCUCGGCUGCCCGAUUCUUUCUGUUCCCUCGACAUCCCGGUUCUUUCUUUUGUUCCUCGGCAUCCCGGUUCCUUCUGCUGCCCCUCGGCAGCCCGAUUCCUUCUGUUCCCUCGACUGCCCGAUUCUUUCUGUUCCCUCGACUGCCCGAUUCUUUUCUGUUUCGACUGCCCGAUUCUUUCUGUUCCUCGGCAUCCCGGUUCUUUCUGUUUCCCUCGGCAUCCCGGUUCGGUUUUCGAUUCCCUCGGCUGCCCGAUUCCUUCUGUUCCCUCGGCAGCCCGAUUCCUUCUGUUCCCUCGACUGCCCGAUUCUUUCUGUUCCCUCGACUGCCCGAUUCUUUCUGUUCCCUCGGCAUCCCGGUUCUUUCUGUUCCCUCGGCAUCCCGGUUCUUUCUGUUCCCUCGGCAUCCCGGUUCUUUCGAUUCCCUCGGCUGCCCGAUUCCUUCUGUUCCCUCGGCAGCCCGAUUCCUUCUGUUCCCUCGGCAGCCCGAUUCCUUCUGUUCCCUCGACUGCCCGAUUCUUUCUGUUCCCUCGACUGCCCGAUUCUUUCUUUUUUCUUUCGGUUCUUUCUGUUUCCUCGGCAUCCCGGUUCUUUCUGUUCCCCCUGCUGUUCCCCCGGAUUCCUUCUGUUCCCUCGACUGCCCGAUUCUUUCUGUUCCUCUCGGCAUUCUUUCUGGUUCUUUCUGUUCCCUCGCAUCCCGGUUCUUUCUGUUCCCUCGACUGCCCAGUUCUUUUGUUGUUCCCGGCAUCCCGGUUCUUUCCCUCCCUCGGCUGCCCCGGUUCUGUUCCCUUUCCCGGUUCUUCUGUUCCUCGGCAUCCCGGUUCUUUCGAUUCCCUCGACUGCCCGAUUCUUUCUGUUCCCUCGGCAUCCCGAUUCUUUCUGUUCCCCGAUUCCUUCUUCUGUUCCCUCGGCAGCCCGAUUCCUUCUGUUCCCUCGGCAGCCCGAUUCCUUCUGUUCCCUCGACUGCCCGAUUCUUUCUGUUCCCUCGACUGCCCGAUUCUUUCUGUUCCCUCGGCAUCCCGGUUCUUUCUGUUCCCUCGGCAUCCCGGUUCUUUCGAUUCCCUCGGCUGCCCGAUUCCUUCUGUUCCCCUCGGCAGCCCGAUUCUUCUGUUCCCUCGGCUGCCCGAUUCUUUCUGUUCCCUCGACUGCCCGAUUCUUUCUGUUCCCUCGUUUGCAGCAUCCCGGUUCUUUCUGUUCCCUCGACUGCCCGGAUUCUUUCGGUUUUUCCCUCUGCCCGAUUCCUUCUGUUCCUCGACUCCCGGUUCUUUCUGUUCCCUCGACUGAUUCCUUCUGUUCCCUCGACUGCCCAUCCCGGUUCUUUCCCGGUUUGAUUCCCUCGGCUGCCCGAUUCUUUCUGUUCCCUCGGCAUCCCGAUUUCUUCUGUUCCCUUGGCAUCCCGGAUUCCUUCUGUUCCCUCAACAGCCCGAUUCCUUCUGUUCCCUCGGCAGCCGAUUCCUUCUGUUCCCUCGAUUCGAUUCUUUCUGUUCCCUCGACUGAUUCUUUCUGUUCCCUCGUUCCCGGUUCUUUCUGUUCCGGCAUCCCGGUUCUUUCUGUUCCUCGGCAUCCCGGUUCUUUCUGUUUCGGCAUCCCGGUUCUUUCGAUUCCCUCGGCUGCCCGAUUCCUUCUGUUCCUCGGCAGCCCGAUUCCUUCUGUUCCCUCGGCUGCCCGAUUCCUUUCUGUUCCCUCGACUGCCCGAUUCUUUCUUUCUGUUCCCUCGACUGCCCGAUUCUUUCUGUUCCCUCGACUGCCCGAUUCCUGUUCCUCGGCAUCCCGGUUCUUUCUGUUCCCUCGGCAUCCCGGUUCUUUCCCGAUCCCUCGAUUCCUUCUGUUUUCUGGCAGACCGAUUCCUUCUGUUCCCUCGACUGCCCGAUUCUUUCUGUUCCCUCGACUGCCCGAUUCUUUCUGUUCCCUCGACUGCCCGAUUCUUUCUUUUUUCUCUCGGCAUCCCGGUUCUUCUUUUUCCUCGGCAUCCCGCGAUUCCUUCUGUUCUUUCGAUUCUUUCCCUCGGCUGCCCGGUUCUUUCUGUUCCCCUCGGCAUCCCGGUUCUUUUCUGUUCCCUCGGCAUCCCGGUUCUUUCUGUUCCCUCGGCUGCCUGAUUCUUUCUGAUUCCCUCGGCAGCCCGAUUCCUUCUGUUCCCUCGGCAGCCCGAUUCCUUCUGUUCCCUCGGCAGCCCGAUUCCUUCUGUUCCUGUUCCCUGUUCCCUCGACUGCCCGAUUCUUUCUGUUCCCUCGACUGCCCGAUUCUUUCUGUUCCCUCGACUGCCCGAUUCUUUCUUUUUUCUCUCGGCAUCCCGGUUCUUUCUGUUCCCUCGGCAUCCCGGUUCUUUCGAUUCCCUCGGCUGCCCGAUUCCUUCUGUUCCCUCGGCAGCCCGAUUCCUUCUGUUCCCUCGACUGCCCGAUUCUUUCCUGUUCCCUCGACUGCCCGAUUCUUUCUGUUCCCUCGGCAUCCCGGUUCUUUCUGUUCCUCCAUCCCGGUUCUUUCUGUUCCCCCGGAUUCUUUCUGUUCCCUCGGCAUCCCGGUUCUUUCUGUUCCCUCGACUGCCCGAUUCUUUCUGUUCCCUCGGCAUCCCGGUUCUUUCUGUUCCCUCGGCAUCCCGGUUCUUUCUGUUCCCUCGGCAUCCCGGUUCUUUCGAUUCCCCUUGCUGCCCGAUUCCUUCUGUUCCCUCCUCGGCUUCUGUUCCCCGACUGGUUCCUUCUGUUCCCUCGGCCCGAUUCCUUCUGUUCCCUCGGCAUCCCGGUUCUUUGUUCCCUCGGCAGCCCGAUUCCUUCCCUCAACAGCCCGAUUCCUUCUGUUCCCUCGCAGCCCGAUUACUUCUGUUCCCUCGGCAUCCCGGUUCUUUCGAUUCCCUCGGCAGCCCGAUUCCUUCUGUUCCCUCGGCAGCCCGAUUCCUUCUGUUCCCUCGGCAGCCCGAUUCCUUCUGUUCCCUCGACUGCCCGAUUCUUUCUGUUCCCUCGGCAGCCCGGUUCUUUGUAUUCCCUCAGUUCCCUCGGCAUCCCGGUUCCUUCUGUUCCCUCGGCAUCCCGGUUCUUUCGAUUCCCUCAGUUCCAUCGGCAGCCCGGUUCUUUCGGUUCCCUCGGCAUCCCGGUUCUUUCGGUUCCUUCUGUUUCCUCGGCAGCCCGGUUCCUUCUGUUCCCUCGGCAGCCCGGUUCCUUCUGUUCCCUCGGCAGCCCGAUUCCUUCUGUUCCCUCGGCAUCCCGGUUCUUUCGGUUCCCUCGGCAGCUCGAUUCUUUCUGUUCCCUAG